GGCAAAAGAUACGAGCAUGUGUGCGUACGCGUCGUUGCGUAAUGUGCAUCUCGCUGUGUCUAUGUGGGAGUGAUAAAGAUUUUAGCUAAUAAAUCUUAGUGUUGCUUUCGCGAUUUUCGAUCAACUGGCCCUCAGUAAAACGGCUCGAAUAGCCACGGGCCACAGUAUCAGCUGUUUUGAGGCCUGCGUAGGGGCUUUGCAUGGAAAGCGUUUGCCUGAGACCCCUCAGACAGGCGUUGACGUCAUAAAAUUGACCUCGUCUUUACGUUAAGUUCUUGUCUUCCACAAAGUGAAAAAUAGGAAACUACGUUGAUUAACCAGUAUGUCUGCUGCAGAAUUUCUGAAAGGGCUUCCAUCCUACAACGAGAGCAAUUUCACACGAUUCCAAGCAGAUUCUACGUGCAGGACGACGGUGAGGAGGCCCUCGGUAUAUCUUCCAACAAAUGAUCACCCUUCUGACCAAGUAAUCACCACAGAGAAAACAAACAUUCUUCUGCGUUACCUUCACCAACAGUGGGACAAAAAGUGCAACGCGAAGAAGCGCGACGCGUCGAGGACAUCUCACGAAGAGGAAGCAACCACCACCAGGAAGAGGGCCCGCACGGAACAGCCGGACACUCCAUAACUCCCUGACCUCCAUUUUCUUUUUUUGCAAUGUGCAGGAACUAAUUUUUGUCACUUAACUCUCUGGCUCUCAUUUCUUUUUUACGGUGCUCCUAAUUUCUGCACAAUCGGAGAUGUCAAGUGGAGCCAGAGUGGUUGCCGGUUAAUUUGCUUUGCUGAUUGAUUACAUACAAUGACCAAGUCGGAAGACUGUCUUCUUGUAACGUUGCCUGUAACGGAAUGGUAAGCCCUCGCUGGAGGAGAGGUGACUUUCACCGUGCGAUGUCCCCUGCUGGUCCAGUGAAGGCAGUGUCCCUUCUUGACGCACAUCAUUAUAAAUGGACAGUCUACGAAAUUAUGGAAAGACAGACAUGACGACGUGGCUCCAGGUUUUAGGAAGCAAUGACUGUAGUGGCCUAAAUUUUUGGUGGUAGGUAAAACUAUCGUCCCAGUGCAUGUAAUGCCCACUUAGUGAGUUGUGGUGAGGGUGGCAUGUAUGUGUGCGUGUGUAUGUAUGUACGAUUAAACUGCUGAAGGCGUGUCA